AUGGGUAAAGUCACACAGUUGCUAUCACAUCCCAGCGAGCUGGUUGCUGCAGUUCAAUUAAAACCGCUUUUCCAGAGGGAUGAGGCCUCUGAGACUGCAAAUGAGAAGCGCUGCUACGAGCUGCUGAAACUGACGUCGCGUUCGUUCGUGGCUGUCAUCUUGGAACUGAACCCCGAGCUUCGCCAGGUAAUUACGGUGUUUUACCUCGUUUUAAGAGCUCUUGACACCGUGGAAGAUGACAUGACGCUUUCUCCCGAGGUAAAGAUCCCAUUGUUGCGCGAAUUCGACUCUAAGCUCAACACUAAGGACUGGACUUUCACAGGCAGCGGCCCCAACGAGAAGGACCGUGAAGUGCUUGUUGAUUUCGAUGAGAUCCUCACCCAGUAUCAUUUGCUCAAGCCAGUUUACCAAGACGUUAUCAAGGACAUCACCCACAAGAUGGGAAACGGAAUGGCCGACUACAUCGUCGAUGAACAAUUUAACCUUAACGGACUGGAGACGAUCAAGGACUACGAUCUCUACUGUCAUUACGUUGCUGGUUUGGUUGGUGAAGGCUUAACUAAGCUUACCACUGCAGCUGGUUUCAGUGACAAAAAGCUUUUGGAUAAGAUGGAAUUGAGCGAGUCCAUGGGGCUGUUCCUGCAGAAGACCAAUAUCAUAAGAGAUUACAAGGAGGACCUCGAUGAUGGAAGAUCCUUCUGGCCCAAGGAAGUGUGGUCACGUUAUAGGCCUGCUCUUUCGGAUUUUGAGAAGCCCGAGUAUCUGGAGGACGGAUUGCAUUGUAUUUCCGACCUGGUUCUCAAUGCUUUGGAGCACGUCAAGGACUGUCUGUUGUACCUUUCCCUGGUAUAUGACCGUUCCUCCUACAACUUCUGCGUGAUCCCACAGGUAAUGGCAAUCGCUACUUUGCACGAGGUUUUCAACAACCCCGAAGUGUUCAAGACCAAUGUCAAGAUCAGAAAAGGAACCACCGUCAAGCUAAUUUUGGACUCCAGGACCUUUGAGGGAACCUGUAAGAUCUUUUCUGACUAUGUGCGUAAGAUCCACCACAAGUGCCCUGUUUCCGAUCCAAACUACCUCAAGAUUGGAAUGAAGUGUGGUGAGAUUGAGCAGUUCAUCGAAGAGCUAUUCCCCGAAAAGAACCUGCCAUCUGGCGUCAAACCUCAGCAAACCGAAGCGUACACCAGUGCCCUCUACCGUCGCAGUCUCGACAAGGACGUUCAUUCCGAGAUCGCCGCGGAGGCAGCUAAAGUGCGCUUUGUGCUGGGAUUGAUCACGGCCACUCUGGCAUACGGGUUGUAUUCUGUCUUUUUCUAA